CUCGCUGGCACUUCUUCCUUCUCUCCGUCAUUAUCCAUUGUCCUAGUUCACCUGCUAGCGUCAAGAUCCUCCAAGAUGAGCUACAUCGCCCGCCGCGGUCUCUCGACCCUCAUCCCUCCCAAGAUCGCUUCCCCCAACGCGAUCGGUGCCGCCAAGGAUGCCGCCCGCAUGGACCGCGUGGUGAACUUCUACGCCAGACUCCCUCGCGGCCCUGCCCCUGAGAUCAAGGCCACUGGCCUCAUCGGCCGUUACCGUGCUCGUUACUUCGACGGAAAGAACGCCUCCGCUGCUCCCCUCGCCCACGCCAUCGGCACCAUCCUGAUCCUGGGUUACAGCAUGGAGUACUACUUCCACCUCCGUCACCACAAGAACCACCCCCACUAAGCGACUCGCUUUUGGCAUCUUGGGAACGUGAGAACCUGUGUAUAUACCACACCACACACUCUACAAUGAACACAACGUAGAAGAAUCCAAUUUGUACCACC